AUGUCGACAAAGCCUGAUCAGGAGGCCGCUGUCGAUAUGAACGAGGUGAAAGAAGACCAUAUCGGCUAUGUUGAGCCUACCACCCCUGCUGUCUCAGAUAUGAGGGAUGGCGAGCUCGGUGCUGCAGCCAAACCACUGCCCAAAUCCCUCCAGAAAUUACAGCAUGCAGAGCUCUGGCUGAACAACAAACUUGGCAUCGAACAGCAGGGCAUUGAGCUUCUUCGGGAAAGCGACAAACGGCCGCCAUCUUUAUGGAAUGCUUUUCUCAUCUGGAGCAGUCUCAACGUCCAUUUCGGACAGGUUCCUAUCGGACUGGUUGGCGCAGAAUUUGGUUUAUCUUUGGGCUGGAAUCUUGCGGCUAUCAUUGGUGGCAUUGCCGCUGGCGCGCUCUUGUCUGCGUUUUGCGCUACGCUGGGGCCAAAGCUUGGCCUCCGCCAAAUCGUCUCGUCUCGAUUCUCAUUCGGCAUAUGGGGCGCCCGGCUCUGUGCCGUAUUGAAUGUUAUAGUACUUGGCGGAUUCUCGAUCAUUGGCUCCAUAGUCACGGGCGGUAUUCUGGACGCUGUAUCCAACUACACAAUCGGCAUCGAGCUUGGCAUAAUUCUGGUUGCCAUUCUUGCAUACGUCGUUUCUUUCUUUGGCUUUCGCGUCAUCCAUCAAGUUGAGAAGUACUACUGGAUCUUCACCGCCAUACUGAUGUUUGUCCUCAUCGGCCAGUCAGCUUCAUACGUUGAUGCUUCGAUACCGACCUACGGCACUGACAGUUUGGCCAUCGCCGGCACAUUCUUGACGAUCUUUGCCGUCAAUGCCUCAGUCGGUGUUGGUUGGUCGACCAUGGCCUCGGACUACAUGAUCCAUUAUCAUGCCAGCACGCCGUCGUGGAAGAUCUACUUCAUCAAUUAUGCCGGCAUCGUUGUCUUCACUAGCUUCCCUACGAUCGUUGGCGCGCUGAUUGGCAACAUUGCUUUUGCGAAUCCCAACUCUAGCUUUGCGGCAGCCUAUGCCAGCCACGGCAUCGGUGGACUGCUCUUGGAGCUGUACCAUCCAGUGGGAUGGGCGAAAACCGCUAUGGUCCUUCUCUCAUUCUCCACCGUUGCUGGUGGGGCGGCUCUCAGCUACUCAUCUGGGCUCUCAUUGCAAUUGCUCAGUAGCUAUUCUCGGGCAGUGCCUCGAUUCAUCUGGAGUUUCCUGUGGGUACUCGUCACCACCAUCAUCGCUGUUGCCGGACGCAAUGACCUGUCGUCAUUUGUCACAAGUCUGAUCUCCAUAGUUGGCUACUGGAUCGUUCCAUUUGCGGUAAUCCUGCUGCUCGAAGACCAGGUCUUCCGUCGCCGCCGGGGCUAUGUCGUGGACGACUGGAAUACUCCUAGUAGGCUGCCGUGGGGCGUUGCCGCCGUAUUUGCUCUGCUGGCAGGCUAUCUCUGUGGCGGGCUACCAGGUAUGGCACAGACUUGGUUUGUUGGACCUGUCGCUGCGUACUUUGGACCGUAUGGCGGCGAUGUGGGCUUGUACAUGAGCGCUGCAAUCAGUGCAGUUGUGUAUCUGGCUGCACGUCCUAUUGAGAUGCAUUAUGCUGGGAGGUAG